CCACCACGCAUUGAAGGUCGGCAACACGAAGCAAUGGCGUCGAAACAGUUCGAUGCUACUCCAGCCGAGAUUCGAGCGGCCGCUGAACGAGCUGCGACGCGUGACAAAUUAAAGUGGCAAUUCAGGCAACAGAUGGAGAAUCCAAACGCGUUGAAAGGAGAAGGAGGAUACGUUUUUGACCCGGCCAGCCAGCGGUUCCUCUCCAUGAGGGUCACGCAGUUCGAUCACUUCCGCGCAACGCCGAAGACUUCGGCGCUCGGUCUCGGGCUGUUCGUCCUACCGAUCGCUUUCUUCACCUACCUGAUAUACCGCGAGAAGACGACCUUCGAAAAGAAAUGCAGGGAAGGAAAAAUUAGCUACAAAGACAGAAAUUUCAAGUUUGCAUGAAUUCACCUACAGAUGGCGCUAACAGCUCUUCGUGGCGACGUCUGCAGCGCUGUUUUUGUGUACGAUACUAGCCAAUAGGAAAUGUGCUGAAAGCAUGCAGGCGUUUCGAAGUUUUGCCAGUCGCAGGUGAAAUAUGUCUUAGCUAUAAAUAUUAGAAACGUUUGCAAAGCUGUUUUUUUAGCAUCGAUAUACAAAAUCGAUUUGGUGACAAGGUUGAUAAAUGUAAUACAUUGUCAACCAGUGUAGGACGGGAGUUCUAGAAUGUUCCAAAAAGUCCUUGACUCGUCAAUUUUGUGUUUAGACGCUGAUGUGCACAAAACGUUUCGGUUGUUACGUACGUAGUUUUUUCAGCGUAGGAAAGAAAGGUCGGAAAUAUGUUUCGGAAGACUGGAAAUUUCGUGUUUGUUUUCAUUAAAAUGUUGGUAACCAAUUAAAUCCUGUUUUUAUUUGUAAA